AUGCCAGAUCAACAACAACGUGAAGAAAACCACAAUCAGAACAGGCACACUUUGGACCAGGAGCAAGAAUCAAGUAACGACAAUGGUUCGGAUCAACAAGAGAUGAGGAACACGUUGAACAAGCUAACUGGCUUCACAGAUUUAAGAGUGUUUGUUCGUCUCCUAAGAAUACUGACUGGGGAAACAAAUGUUUACGAAGCGUUUAAAAUCAUCAAACACUUAACUGGACAUAGCGAUUUUGAUGGUGUUUUCGAGAUGUUGCAACGCAUAUCAGGAAGAAAGGGUGUUGAAGGAGUAAAUCGACAAGUUCACAAACUGACGGCAGGAGCCGGUCCUUCGGAGUUUCCAAACGUUUAUGAAGCUUUAAGCUCUGAAAUCGGUAUCGGCGAAGCCAUAGUUGAAUUCCGAGAUUUGGUCGGAAAGAAGACAUUCUCAGAAGCAAUACUAUUUAUAAAGCAGUUCACAGGAUUUUCAAGUUUAAGGGUAAUAGUUGAUAAACUAUACCAACUUUUCGGUAAGACGGAUUUGGAGCACGUACAUACGGAAAUACAACGAAUAUUCCACGAAGAAAAUAUAAUCACGCUACUAAGAAACGUAAACAGAAUAACAAAGAGGCGAGACCCACUCAUCGUAUUCUCCGGUCUGCUGGGCGUCACUCAGACGUACAACUUGAGCGAUUGCAGCGCUGUCAUUACUGGACUAACUUUCAAACACUUGACGCCACUGGAAGUAAUAGAGCAAAUCCAGACAGAAACCGAAAAUUCGGAUAUAUUGGAUUUCUUCAACAAACUCGUGAGUUUAACGGGAACCAAAUCACUUCGUCUCGCUUGGAACAACGUCGUAGACAUAACAGGGAAAAACGAUAUAUUCGUCCUCGUGACUACAAUCAAAUCGUACACAUCAGCGGACAUCAUACACUUCUUCCAGACAUUACGAAAAAUUACAAAUACUACAACUAUAAACCUUGCUGUUGUGAAAAUAAGAGAACUAUUGAGGGUCAAGGGAUUCUUCGAAUGGAUCGACAAUAUUUAUAAAAUCGUCCAAAUCGGUAUGUAA